CAUAUUGUUAUUGCACGAUUAUGACACCUACUUGAUCAAAACAACACAAACAAGAAUAAUUAAAACAUUUGCUAUUUGUAAAAGUUGUCAUGAAAGUUAAAUACAUUAAAUGUAAUCUACAAAUCAAUACUAAAUUCCUAAAGAGACGUCUCUUUGAUUUAUUUCAUUAAUUUGUAGCACUAAUUUACCCCACGAUUUAUUCACCCUCAAAGUCAUCCUAUAUGACUUUCUUUUUUCAGACAAAUACAAUCAAAAAUAUAUAAAAAAAAAUUCCUGGAUAGGCAUGUGACUGUAUCAAAUUUUCAUGUUACGAUAAUUGCUAAAGCUUUUUAUCAUGGUAUUAUCACAAUACUGAAAUAACUUUUUUUCUUAUAUCAACAAGAACAGAACAUUUAAAUACAAUAAAACAAUACACAAAAAAAUUAUAAAGUAAACCGAUAUUUCAAAAGAAUUAUAACUAUAUGUAACCCCUCUCUCCCAGGUCCUCACCGCCACACCUCGCACUCGGUCCAAGUGGGCCUCGAACCCGGGUCUCCGGCAUGGGAGGCGGACGCACUAACAAGGAGGCUAAAUGACUGCAGCCACUAACGUGUCUCUUGAGAUCGGACAAAGUGUCAAAACACACAGAAAAACUCCCGCUGAAGCUGCUGAGAUCCAUGUGGCACCAUAAAGAUGGAAUUUAUUAAAGAGGAGAGUGAAGACAUAAGGAUUGAAAAAGCAUUCAGAGUUAAACAUGAGGAACAAACAGAGAUGGUGCUUCUUAAAGAGGAGAGUGAAGACAUGAGUAAUGAAGAAACAUUCAGAGUCAAACAUGAAGAUACUGAGGAACAAAUAGUGAUGGUGUUCAUUAAAGAGGAGAGUCAAGACACGAGGACUGAAGAAACAUUCAGAAUCAAACAUGAAGAUACUGAGGCACAAACAGACAUGGUGCUUAUAAAAAGGGAGAGUGAAGACAGGAGUAAUGAAGAAACUUUCAGAGUCAAACAUGAAGAUACCGAGGAACAAAUAGACAAAAUGGUACCAAAAGAGGAGAGAAAAGAACUGAAUGAAAGCGAAGAGAAGGAUCAGAAUAAGGAACUUUCUGAUUUCAUAACUGCAAAAAAAACUGGAAAGACUGUAAAAAUGUCCUCACAAAAAAGAGCCCAGAAGACCAAAUCUAAAACCUGCCAUCAGUGUGGAAAGAGUUUCAGAGAGAAAAAAAACCUUAAUGACCACAUGAGGGUUCACACUGGAGAAAAGCCUUUCACCUGCCCUCAGUGUGGAAAGAGUUUCAGUCUCUCAGGUAACCUUAAAAUUCACAUGAGAAUUCACACUGGAGAGAAGCCUUACACCUGUCCUCAGUGUGGAAGGAGUUUCAGUCACACAGGAAACCUUACAAGCCACAUGAGAAUUCACACUAGAGAGAAACCUUACACAUGCCAACAGUGUGGAAAGGGUUUCAGUGGGAAAAAAAUCCUUAACGACCAUGUGAGAAUUCACACUGGAGAGAAACCUUACACAUGCCAACAGUGUGGAAAGGGUUUCAAUGGGAAAAAAAUCCUUAAGGACCACAUGAGAACUCACACUGGAGAGCAACCCUACAUAUGCCAACAGUGUGGAAAGUGUUUCAGUCAAAAAGCGAACCUUAUGAGCCACAUGAGAAUUCACUCUGGAGAGAAGCCUUACAUCUGCAAACAGUGUGGAAAAUGUUUCACUAAAAAGUGGAACAUCAUAAAACACAUGAGAAUUCACACUGGAGAGAAGCCUUACACAUGCUCUCAGUGUGGAAAGUGUUUCAGACAUAAAGCAUCCUUUGAUUCCCACAUGAUAAUUCAUACUGGAGAAAACCCUCACACCUGCAAAUUGUGUGGGAAGAGCUUUACACGAAAAGGAUCUCUUAAGAAUCACAUGUUCAUUCACACUGGAGAGAAGCCGUUCACUUGUGAUCAGUGUGGAAAGAGUUUCGGACGAAAAGUAACCCUUAAUGAACAUAUGAAGAUUCACUUUAAGAGAAGUGUUUUAGAUGGUGUCAGUAUGGAAUGAUUUUCUCAGACAGGAAAAACCUUAACAAUCAUGAAAUAUCUGGAGAGAGGUGUGCCAUCAUUACCCAUGUUUUCCCAAAUAAUCCAAUAAUAAUCUGAAAAGCUGUCAUGUAAACACCUCAAUCAGUCAAUUGAGCUUGAUUCAAAUGAAAUGUCGAUAUGAUGAAAGAGGACCUGAAAUAAUUCAAUCAGUACAGAGCAGUACGUUCAUCCUCGUUGGUUCAGACUGUGCAUUUGACUCGGGAGUGUAGUGUCGGCAACCAUGCAAACCUGCAAACAGCACCGUGCUUGAUAACAUCAGUCAGCUCGCCUUGGCUACUGCAAUUUUCCUCACUGUAUAUUUACAAUAAAACUAAAUAGGAUAUCAAAUA